AUGGAGCUCUUUUUAGCUGCUUGCUUUGGAACCGUCUUGCACUUCUCUCGGGCUGAUAUUUACACCAACGACUGGGCCGUAAAAGUUACCUCGGACUCAAGAUUUGCAGAUGGAUUGGCCAGAAAAUAUGGAUUCCUGAAUUUGGGACAGAUCGGAGAGCUGAAGGACUAUUACAUGUUCCGGCACCUGGAGACGCCGAGAAGGUCCGUUGAGCCCAACAAAGGAGCGACUGCUGGGAUCACCAAGGAGACGGAGGUUGAAUGGAUUCAACAGCAGGUGGUUCUGAGAAGAUCAAAACGGACCUCGAGGCGUCAAAGCUUUGAACCAAACCAGAUUAAUUUUUCGCUCUUGGCCUCUCAGUCUCACAUGAACAUCUCUGGGGCCUGGAGGAGGGGCUACACGGGAUCGGGUGUGGUGGUCUCCGUUCUUGGUGAUGGCAUUGAGAUGGAGCAUCCAGAUUUGAAGCCAAAUUAUGAUGUUCGGGCCAGUUCUGAUGUGAAGGGACAAGAGAGAAGCCCAUCAAGAAAAGACAGCAAGGCCACCAAAGACCUCAGGACGGAGCAGUGCGCAGGAGUCAUCACCGCUGCUGCAAAAAGCUCACACUCUUGCAGCAUAGGAGUUUCCUUCCAAGCACGUAUUGGAGGAGUCAACAUGUUGAGAGGAGAACAAACAGACGCCACUGAGGCAGCAUCACUGAGCUUUCGACCUCAAUACAUUGAUAUAUUUUUAGCCGACUGGGGUCCAGCAGAUGAUGGAGCAACUGUGGAUGGACCCGGGCCUCUAGCCCGCCUGGCUCUGAUGAACAGCAUCAUGACAGGUCGGCAGGGAAAGGGUUCCAUUUUUGUGUGGGGCUCGGGGAGUGGAGGUCAGAACGGCGACCACUGCUCCUGCGACGGCUACAGCAGCAGCAUCUACACCAUCUCUGUCAGCAGCAGCACAUGGAGGGGGGGUCCACCAGAGUACAUGGAGAGGUGCGCGUCCACACUGGCCACUGCUGCUGAGACAGAGGAGGUGCUCACACUGGGUCAGAACCAGACCUGCAGCAGAGCGAAAUGCGGCCCGUCCCAGUCGUCGGCCGUCGUUGCUGGAGUCGUUGCGCUCGCUUUGGAGGCCAAUCCCUUGCUGACCUGGAGGGACAUUCAGCACAUUAUUGUCAGAGCCUCGACACCUCGCCACCUCCUGGCCUCAGACUGGCGCGUCAAUGGUGCCGGGCACAAAGUGAGUCACGUGUACGGCUUUGGUCUGCUGGAUGCCGAGAUGAUGGUGAGAGAAGCUGAGCAGUGGAAGAACGUCCCCCAGCAGCAUGUGUGUGUGCAGGAAAAUCCCAUCCAAGCGAGCAGAACGAUUCAUCCUGGCACCGCGCUGACAUCUGCCAUGGAGACUACAGGCUGUUCCACAGAAUCCCAGCAGCACGUUGUUUAUGUGGAGCAUGUCAUCGUCCGGGUUUCCAUUGUUUGCAGUCGCCGCGGUGACCUUUCCCUCACUCUCACAUCCCCCUCCGGCACUGUGUCAGAGCUACUAGCUAACAGGCCUCAUGACAAUUCCACAGAAGGAUUCCACCACUGGGAAUUCAUGACAACCCACUGCUGGGGAGAGCAGGCUGCCGGGGAAUGGACCUUGAAAAUCCUGGAUGGGCCGUCUCAUCGGAGAAGAAAAUCUGAUCGAGGGCUGCUGAAGGAGUGGUCCCUGGUGAUUUAUGGCACCGCAGAAAAGCCGUACCCCAAGUAUCAUCGCAGCGCUCGAUCAGCUGAGAUGCUCGUGGAUAGUAACGAUUCCACUGAAGAAUACAGCGGACCAUGUGACCCAGAAUGCAGCGAGGACGGUUGUGAGGGGCCCGGCCCCGAGCAGUGUGUGACAUGUUUACACUUGUUCCUCAAGUUCAAGAACAACACAAGGAUUUGUGUGUCGAAGUGUCCCCGGGGAUAUUGGGGAGACCGCCGGCGAUGUAAAAGGUGCUACUCUUCCUGCGAGAGCUGCACAGGGAGUCGGCGGGACCAGUGCACCGCCUGUAUCUCCGGCUACCACCUGACAGAAGGAACCAAUACCUGCACUGCGUUUUGUGGCGAUGGCUUUUAUCUGGAUCAUGAUACCAACAUGUGCAGAAGGUGCAGUGAAAGCUGCCUGAGGUGCACCUCCUCCAGCGUCUGCAUCGAAUGCAGACCCGACAUGAGUCUGCAGGGGAACCGCUGCAGGCAGAGCUGCACACCAGGCUUCUACCAUGACCAGCAGGAAGCAAAGUGCCGGCCGUGCCACGAAGCCUGUGCCACUUGUGCAGGUGCUGGCGCCGAGGCGUGUACUCUGUGUGCACAAGGCUACUUGAUAGAGGAGUGGAGGUGUGUACCCUCCUGCAGCGCCGCGUUCUAUGCCACAGAGCCAAGCCCGGAGAUAGCCGACAGGCAGGGGAUAUGUAGGAGGUGCGAUGCCAGCUGUCUCACCUGUGUCGGCCCGAGCAGGCAGAACUGCAGCAGCUGUUCCAGUGGACAUCGCCUGGAGAACGGAGUCUGUGUUGUUAGUUCCCUCUGUGCAGACGGAGAAUUCCAGGACUCCAGCGGGAAGUGCCACGCAUGUGAUGCAACGUGUCUGAAGUGCAGAGGGCCGCAAGACGGAGACUGCAUCAGCUGCGUCGCUUCACGGGCUCUGGACCAGGGCCGGUGCGUGUUGGAGUGCGACAAAGUGAAGUACCAGUCUGGUGGACAGUGUCACCUGUGUGACCACACGUGUGCCACGUGUGUGGACGCAGGCUCCAGCAACUGCAGCAGCUGUGACACGGAUAAAUUUGGGAUGGAGCGUUACCUGUUGGACGGCCAGUGUCUGGACUCGUGUCCUGAGGCCUUCUUCCACACUCAGGAUGGACGCUGCCAGCGCUGUCCUGACCACUGCAGACUCUGCAGCAGUUCCAGACGCUGCCUCAAGUGUCAGUCCUCCUACUACCUGUCUGAUGGUGUGUGCCUCCAGCUGGAAUGUGGAGAAGGAGAGGUGGAGGAUCCUGACUAUCAUGACUGCAUGCCAUGUGAAGAGGGAUGCAAGCAGUGUGUCUUGUAUAACCCUCGCCACUGCCAGUCCUGCAUGGAGGGCUACUACAACUUUCAGGACGCCUGCUACCGUGACUGUCCGGCUAAAACCUUCAGCGUGGAGGACCAGAUGACCUGCAUCCCUUGCGAUGACACCUGCGUGAGCUGUGACCAGAACAAGUGCUACUGGUGCGAGACUGACCUCUUCUUAUCAGAGGGAAGCUGCGUGUCUGCGUGUCCCGACGGUUUCUAUGGCGACGAAGACAGUAACAACUGCGAGGAGUGCGAUGCUGACUGCCUGACAUGCGACGGCCCGAACCUCUCCAACUGUCUGACCUGUGAGGAUGGAAAAGUGCUUCAAAUGGGACAGUGUGUGUCGGACCACGAGGUCUGCCCCAUUAGGACCUUCCGCACUGUCGCUGGAUCUUGCGAGGACUGCCACCCCUCCUGCGAGUCCUGCUCCGGAGAGGAGAAGAACCAGUGCACAGCCUGCGCAAAAGGGAGGUUUCUAACCGAACAGCGAACGUGUGUGUCGAAGUGUCCAGGGGGCUUCUUUGCCAGCCGACUGAGCAGCGUGUGUGAGCUUUGCCCUGCAGGCUGUUUACAGUGCGCCGACGCUCAACACUGCACUCGCUGUCAAAGCACUCGAAAAGCUCCUCUUUUCCUGCAGGACGGGGAGUGUGUGCAACAGUGUGACAGUGGCUUCUAUCCUGUUGGUCCCAUUUGUCGCAGUUGUGCGGCGGGUUGUGUGUCCUGCUGGAGAAACGCAAGUCACUGUCUGAGCUGUGAGGAACAUUUGCUUCUUCAUAAGCACCAGUGUGUGGACGAGUGUCCUCGAGGUCACACGGUACGAGACGGCGAAUGCCAACGCUGCCCCACUUCCUGUCACGACUGCAACCCACUUGGCCAGUGCACAGGUUGUGAGGACUAUCACUUUCUCCAUGAUGGCCUGUGCGUCCUUGACUGCCCUGAGAGGUUCUACGAGGACAAAGAGCUGCGAGAAUGUUUGCAUUGCCACCCUGACUGUGAUUUGUGCGACGGACCAAACAGUAAUGACUGCGAUGCUUGCGUCGACCCCGAGGCCACACUGCACAAUGGCGCUUGUGUUGCCUUCUGUCCGCCUCAUUCCUUCAGAGACGCAAUAACAUCAGAGUGUAAAGAUUGCGAUGCCUCAUGCCUCACGUGUUUCGGGCCCCUCCCUGCCUCCUGCUCCAGCUGCAGAGAGGACCAUGAGUUGGACGGACACGGUCACUGUGUGCCAUCAGUCAGCGAGUGCACACCUCACCAGUACCCCGACCAGGACGGGGACUGUCAUCCAUGUCAUAAGUUCUGCCACAGGUGCUUCGGUCCAGGCAAGAGUCACUGCCUGAGCUGCAACCAAAGACAUUUCCUGCUCAAUGGGACGUGUGUGGAUAAAUGUCCGGCAGGAUUUUACCAAGAUGCCACAGGACUGAGGUGUGAAUCCUGCCAUCCCUCCUGCGAGUCGUGUGGUGGAAUGCACAGUCAUGAGUGCCUGACCUGCAAGGAUGACCUGUUCAGAGAAGGAAAAGAGUGUGUGGAGAUCUGCCAGCACGGUCACUAUGGAAACAGGGCGUCGAGGAUGUGUGAGAAGUGCGACCCGAGCUGCAGCGAGUGUUUGGAGGGAGGGGACGACAGCUGCCUCACUUGCGCUCUGGGUCUUAUUUAUUUGCGGAAAGAAGGUCGCUGCCUGCCCUCCUGCCCACUGGGAUACUUCCACGACACUGCGCACAGAACCUGCCAGUCCUGCCACGCCAGCUGCAGGAGCUGCUCAGGUAGCCGUGCUCAGUCCUGCGACUCGUGCCAGCCUGGAUCCCGGCUCUCAGACGGCAUGUGUCUGUCCCUGUGCGACGAGGGAAAGUACCCCCAGAUCAAGAGCGCGGGGCAUUCCUGUGAGGAGUGUGACGUCUCCUGCGAGGAGUGCCGAGGGCCGGGGCCCACCAACUGCACCGCGUGUCCCCUACCGGCCAUUCUGGAGGCCGGAGGUCGCUGUCUGCUCUGCUGCCACCUGGACGACCAGGCCACAGGGCAACCAGAGGACUGCUGCAACUGCACUAGGACCAGAGGCGAGUGCAUCCUCAGCACAAACUUGGCCUUCCGAAACAAGGAGGAGGAGGAGAUCAGAGGAAACCUGACUGUCUUCAUCAUUGCUUGCGUUCUGCUGGUGCUGGUGUUGGUCGCGAUCGUCUUCAUCAUCCGACACUCACGCUCCAAGAGAGCUCCCCCUGACAUUCCUCCGCGCGGCUACGAGAAGCUCGGCUCCGGUGGCGGCGGAUUCGGAGGGUUCAGCUCCGCCUCCAACACGUCCUACAGUGGCCACGCCAGCUCCUCCGCUGGUCACUUCCAGGAAUCGCAGUUGGUUGACCUCAGAGAGCGGCGGACAGGGAGCAAAGACGAAGAUGACGACGAUGAUGAUGACGAUGAGGACAUUGUUUACAUGGGCCAGGAUGGGACUGUGUACAGAAAGUUCCGCUAUGGACAGCUGGCCGAUGACAAUGAGGACGAGCUGGAGUAUGAUGACGAAAGUUACACUUACAGAUGAGGUUGGCUAUUCCGUCGGAGGCCAUCUUUGUGUGGAGACGCUCAUGUUUGUGUACGUAAUAAUAAGAUUGACCGUGUUAGGAUUUCUAAAUUUGACCAGUGCCUACGCCAAACACUGCGGAUACACUGGUUACCAGUCAUUUCAUUUUGGAGGCGAAAUGCUUUAAUAACACAUUUUUGAGAAGCAAAGCUUCAUGUUCCAAAUGAUGCUUAGCAAGAAUUGGGAAACAAAUCACUGAAACUAUCUUUGUUUGAUGCAGAGGAGCCACUAGUUCUACUCUCAGCCUCUCCUGGUUGAGAUUCCACACGGCCUCAUGACAACACUAGUCUGCUGUUUCAGCGUCUCCAUGACCGUUUCCUCAUUUGUGAGAAACAUUCCCUUCAUAGAGUGCUAGCAGUGAUCUUCCCGGGGCAGUGACUCCCUUCCACCCUGGGCAAGGCAACUGCUUUUGGAGG